GCUCGAGAACAACGGUGUCAUAGUGCCCUUAUAAGUCUUGGAGAGGACGUAGCUGCGGGCCAUGCAGAACGGCUCGCUCCCUCCCACCACCGGCAGCUCCGCCGCAUCCGGGAGCUUCGGGUAGAUGGAGGAGACGGCAAGCGAGCCGCAUUUGUCAGGCUCGCCGUUACUAUGGGAGGCCACGACGUGGGAGCCCCGAGCGCGUCCGACGAGCUUCGACGUGAGGCCCGGCCAUCGGGCCAGCGGAUCAUCGACGACGAUGGUGUUCCCGUGGACCGGUUCGGUCCAAACCUAAUAAGGUAGCCCAAGAAGCCUUUUCCCGUUCUCAGCGGCAAUCUCGUGAUUCGAGCGCCAGAAAACCCUCGGUCGAUUCCGUUCGCCUGUGACCAUCCCUCAGUGGCAAUCUUGUAAUACGAUGGCCAUCAACCCUAGGUUGAUUCCGUUCGCGCACCUAUAUAACCCCGAGAUAGCGGCGACGCCCGCUCUCCGCUGUCGUCACAUCGCGUCGCAACUCGAGCCCUUCGAAGAUGUCGAAGCGAGGGCGCGGAGGAACGGCGGGGAACAAGUUCCGGAUGUCGCUGGGUCUGCCGGUGGCGGCGACGGUUAACUGUGCCGAUAACACGGGGGCGAAGAACCUUUACAUCAUCUCCGUGAAGGGGAUCAAGGGCCGUCUUAACCGCCUUCCCUCCGCUUGCGUCGGGGAUAUGGUCAUGGCCACCGUAAAAAAGGGCAAGCCCGACCUGCGGAAGAAGGUCAUGCCCGCCGUCAUCGUCCGCCAACGCAAGCCAUGGCGCCGAAAGGACGGCGUCUACAUGUAUUUUGAAGAUAAUGCUGGAGUGAUUGUUAAUCCCAAAGGUGAAAUGAAAGGAUCUGCUAUCACUGGACCCAUCGGGAAGGAAUGUGCAGAUCUGUGGCCGAGGAUUGCUAGUGCAGCAAAUGCUAUCGUGUAACAUGAUGAUGCUUGAGAUCAACAGCUGAGGUUUUGGAUUAUGAUUAUAUGUUUCAAGAGAUAGGUAUCAUGUUGUCUUAUUUGGUUACUGGUUAGCUGAUGUUUACUAGGUGUUCAACUUUAUGGAUCUGAUGUUCAGCUGUUGCUUGAGACAUUUUAAUUCUACAUGAUCUAUUUAUGA